UCACCCUGCGCACACCGGAUCGUACAUCCUGCCACUAAAAUCUGUGCUUUUUCGGGUCUGUUCUUUGCGAAACUCCUUUGUCCGGCUCUCGGCCAUUUCCGAAACCAAACACACCUUCCGAAAGUUGCUUUCCUUUCCCUCUCCUGUCGUUUCUUUCCCUCUUCUUUUCUUUCGCAAGCCCUUCGCUACAUGCAUCAUCUUCAGACCAGCGGAAAUCCCAAGCCCAGAUCACCAGAAACCCCCCCAUGGCCCUACCCAAACCCUCGCUCCCUCCCUCUCUCCUCCUCCUCCUCCUCCUCUUCGCUUUCUUUGCUUCCACUGCCAAUGGAACAGGGGUCUUCAGAGUGCAGCAGAAGCUCUCCGGCCGGAAACCGGGAGCCAUGGAAGACUUCAAGGCCCAUGACAGCGGUCGCCAUGAGAGAAUCCUCUCCUCCCUCGACUUCCCCAUCGGCGGCCUCGGUUCCAUCAACAACAUAGGGUUGUACUAUACUCAAAUCGGGAUCGGGACGCCUCCCAAGAACUACUACGUGCAGGUUGACACCGGAAGUGAUCUUUUCUGGGUGAAUUGUUUCUCCUGCAAGGGUUGCCCGAAGAAAAGCAAUUCUGGGAUGAAGCUGACGUAUUAUGAUCCACGUGGUUCCAAGACUGGAAGCCUUGUACCAUGUGGCGAAACGUUCUGCUCAUCAGUUUAUAGAAGCACGUAUGCCAGUUGCUCCUCCAAUGAGCUCUGCCUGUAUAGGGUGGUGUAUGGUGAUGGGAGCUCGAGCACUGGGUAUUUCGUGACAGAUUAUAUACAAUAUGAUGGGGUUUCUGGUGACCACCAAACAGAACCGAUCAAUGCAAGUGUUACAUUUGGGUGUGGUGCUCAACAGUCUGGAGAUCUAGGUCCAUCAAGUGAAACAAUUGAUGGAAUUCUUGGUUUUGGACAGGGAAAUUCAUCAAUGAUUUCUCAGUUAGCUACCUCUGGAAAAAUAAGGAAGAUAUUUGCGCAUUGCCUAGAUUCUGCUGAUGGGAGCGGAAUUUUCGCUAUUGGAAAUGUUGUGCAGCCAAAAGUCAACACAACCCCAUUGGUGCCCAAUCAGAAACAUUACAAUGUCAACUUGACAGGAAUUGAGGUUGGUGGGACUUUUCUGGAGCUCCCUACUUAUUUAUUUGACGAUGGAACCGAUAGAGGUGUCAUUGUUGACAGUGGUACAACCUUGGCUUAUCUUCCAGAUGCAGUUUUCAAGCAGUUAUUCAAUGCGAUGUUCAAAUUCCAUCAAGAUUUGACUUUUUAUAACAAUGGGGUCUUCAUAUGUUUCAGGUAUUCUGGAAGUGUUGAUGAUGAAUUUCCGCAAGUUACCUUUCAUUUUGAGAAGUUUCUUACUUUGACUGUUUAUCCUCAUGAAUAUCUGUUUCCAAAUAAGGAGGAUGUCUGGUGUGUGGGUUGGCAAAAUAGUGGAGCACAAUCAAGGAGUGGGAAAGAUAUGUUUAUAUUAGGAGAUUUGGUCCUAUCAAAUAAGUUAGUCGUUUAUGAUCUUGAGAAUCAGGUUGUAGGUUGGGUCAAUCACAACUGCUCCUCUGGCAUCAAAAUUCAAGACGACGAAACUGGAGAGGUUUAUAGCGUUGAUGCCCACCAUAUUACGUCUGCAUGUACAAUGAAUAUAGCAAGGUUCACAUCCUUGUUGUUGCUAAUUAUUAUGAUGUGUUGCUUGCUUUACUGAAUUGUCGCAGGCGAUGGAAACAUGACUUCUGCUGAUACCCAGUAAUAAUAAUCGUUUAGACUGUGGAAGUAUGUCACCUUUA